CUUUUGGCAAGUCAACUGGGUUCACAAAAACACAAUUCUUAAAAGUCAGCUCGACCGUAGGACAUUUUUCAACUCGCAUUUUCUGCAAUUAAUAUCAACUUUAUAGACGCUACGCCGGUAUGUGGGUCGUUAUAACAAUCACAAUUAUGGAGGGAAAAGUGUGCCUAAACUUUAAUGUUCCGCUCGGUAAAAUAGUGACUUCUUCAGUUCGGCUCGGCCGGACUUAAAGACUUUCUAAGAUAAAGUACGGGAAUAAUGGAAAUUCAAAAAUUUAACAGUUACUGUCGAUAAGACAGAACAAAUGGCUACGUUGACGCCGUAAUCAGCUGAUUAGCACAUUGCUGUUGUUUUUGUUAUGAAAAGAGGAAAACGCUAGAACAAGUGACAGAACAAUGUCUCUGAAAAGUUUUAUUCAUCCCAGGAACAAGUACAAGGACCAACCGAAUUUUAUAGAACUUUCUAAACUCUACCCCGAGUUCCAACAACAUGUUUCUGUGAAUCUAGCUGGUAAGGUACAAUUUAACUUCAGCAGCGAGGAAAGUCUAAGAGUCUUGACACAAACUCUGCUUAAGCAUGACUUUGACCUGGAUGUUAAUAUUCCACCGGAUAAACUGGUACCGGCGUUGACACUCCGUCUUAAUUAUGUACUGUGGAUUGAAGAUUUGAUGAACUUCAAUAAGAUAAACGAAGUGACUGGAAUAGAUGUUGGUACUGGAGCUAUUGCGAUCUAUCCGUUACUUUGUUCCAAGAUUUACGACUGGAAAAUGAUCGGUUCGGACAUUGAUUCCGCGGCUGUUACGUCAGCCAAUGAAAAUAUUCAAAGGAAUAAGUUGGAUCACCUUAUAAAAGUAAUAAAAGUUCAGGGAAAGAAUAUAUUCAAAGAUGUUGUAACAGAAGAAUCAUACGCUUUCACAAUGUGCAACCCUCCGUUUUUUGACGCUGACGAUGAUAAGAAAAGAAAAAAACGUUUGCCGCCAACAAAUGCAAAAACAGGCCACGCCGUCGAGCUGUCUGUCGCUGGUGGUGAGAAAUCCUUUGUGCGUCAGAUGCUCGAUGAAAGUUUAGAGCUAAAUGGAAAAAUAAAAAUAUAUACGACGAUGUUAGGUCAGAAAAAUAGUUUAGCUUACUCUAAAUCUGAGCUGAGAAAGAGGUACAUUGAUAAUUUUACUUGGACUGAAUUUUGCCAGGGUAAAACUAAAAGGUGGGGUCUGGCUUGGUCACUAAUCCCUAAAGUAACGCUAGAUUUAACGAAAGCGCCAGUUAUACGCGAGAAAUAUUCUCAUAUUACAUCAUCAAAGUCCAAAGAUAACUCUGCUCCAUUGCUGGAAGUGUUUUUUCCAUUUAAUAAUAGUUUUAGGGAAGUAAAAGAUGUAAUCAUUGCUGUAAAAAAAUGGAUCGAUGAGUUACAUAUCGAAAUUAAGGAAUUGAAAUUAGAAGAUAUCAAAGAAGCCACAUAUGAGUUGUGUGCUUAUAAAAAUACUUGGAUACAUGGGAGAAGAAAACGUCGAGCAGAAAUGAAAGCUAAUUCGGAUGAAUCCAAACGACUACGUGUUGAUGACAAUGAACAAGCUUCUGUAACUGUCAGUUCAGUCGAUUUUCCAAAAUCUAAUCAUAUUUACUUAAAAUUUAACCUGGUGUUCACUCAUGUAUGUAAAAUAAGUGAUACUGCUGGAAAUAAUCACGAUGGUGUAAACAUUUGUAUGAUUUUGAACGACGGUCAUGGCGGUAAAAAUGGUUUGGAAACUUUUAAGCAAUGUUUGAUAAAUAAAUUUAGAUUACAAGAGUAUCAAAAGUUGAAUAGAUAAAAAAAUUAAUUAAUCUAUUUAUUAAAACACUUUUAUAAUAGUUAGCAAUUUAACCACACAGUUGAUCUAUUAU